GCGGAUGAGCCUCCGCCCGGCAGGCUGAGUACCACAAUCACUACUGAGGAGUUCACUAAACUCACACACAAGCUCUUCGCGGGGUACAAGGAAGCCGACAUUCAAGCCAUACUGAAGCGUUCCAUCGUCUUCGUCUUCGGGAAGCACGCCGUCUACCUGCGCCUCCCGAACAAGGAUAUGGCAGCCCCCAUCCAUCGUAUACUCAUGGAUAAUAUCCACGCCGACCUUUUCAGUGACAGAGACAAGCCAUUCUAUGCCAAGUACAAGACUGGUAUCGAGGAGGUGCCCCCUACUUUCGAGGAGGAUGUGCACUGCGAGCAGUCCCUUAUCCUCCAUGGCAUAGCUGAGCUUGCACUUGCGGGGAACCCAAGCACUUAUAUCGACAAUGUCAACACAAAGCUUGCCCAAAAGCUUCAGGACAUGAGUCGAGUGACCCGUACAAGGUGGGUGCCAGGUUCUCCAUCCUCGGAGGAAGAUGACAGUACAAGGUACUCGGGCCCUGUGGUGCCACAUGCUGCCCCACCUCCUGGUGCUCCUCGCGUUCGUCUUGGUACCUUCGUUUACCCUUCUCCGGCCCGCCGGGUAAGGAUGAAAUCAGCGACUGUCCCUAUCGAAUCCUCAUGUGCUGAGCCCAGUGAAGACGCAAAGGCAGAGUCGGCCGUCGCCGUAGAGCAAGAUCAUGCCGAGAAGCCGUUGUCGGGAGAUGAGGAGGCUGCUUGUGCCAUGCACUCGUAG